CGCAUUCGCUCAAGCAAGUUUAAACUCUUCUUUGACCAGUCGACUUACAUUGCCUAGUAACAGAACAAUGUGGCGGAAAAUUUUAAAUUCUUUUAACUCGGUUAAAUGCUCUGCCCAUAAUCCGAGUCUUUUGGCAAACAAUGUCAAAUAUUUGUCAUCUUUUGUAUCUGGAGAACCGACAGGGCCUCUCGUUACAACUGCAAUUCCAGGUCCUAGAUCCCUGGCCAUGCUGUCAGAAAUGAAAAAAAUUCAAAUCUCGGACGCAGUGCAGUUGUUCGCCGAUUAUUCGAAGAGCAUAGGAAACUAUUUAUACGAUGUCGAUGGCAAUAUUCUGCUUGAUGUUUACACUCAAAUCUCUUCUAUUCCAUUGGGUUACAACCACCCUGAAUUAUUAGAUGUCCUGCAAGAUAAAGAAAACAUCAGAACAUUCAUCAACCGACCUGCCCUCGGUGUAUUUCCUGGUGAAAAUUAUCCUCAGCGAGUCCAGAAUUCUCUGUUACGUAUUGCUCCCAAAGGCCAUACAGAGGUAACGACGAUGGCGUGUGGUUCGUGCUCAAACGAAAAUGCGUACAAAGCAAUUUUCGUUUGGUAUCGCCGUAAACAGAGGGGAGAUAAGUCAUACACCCCCGAGGAAGAGACGAGUUGCAUAAUGAACCAAUUGCCUGGUGUUUCUGACCUGACCCUUAUGUCUUUCAAAGGCGCUUUCCAUGGAAGAACGUUUGGGACGUUAAUUACGACUCAUACCAAGCCAGUCCAUAAACUGGACAUCCCUACAAAGGACUGGCCAAUUGGAACAUUUCCUCGCUACAAGUAUCCGUUGGAAGAGUUUGUGCGUGAAAAUGAGGAAGAAGAUCGUCGCUGUUUGACGGAAGUUGAAGAACUUUUUGAUCGGUACAACAAACGCGGUAAAACAGUAGCAGGAGUUGUCAUCGAGCCGAUCCAGUCUGAAGGCGGAGAUCACCACGCUUCACCAGCAUUCUUCCAAGAGCUCCAACGAAUUGCCAAAAAGAACGGAGCAGCGUUACUCAUAGAUGAAGUGCAAACUGGCGGAGGUACAACGGGUGAAUUCUGGUGCCAUGACCAUUUCAAUUUGGAUCACCCAGCCGAUAUUGUGACGUAUUCAAAGAAGAUGCUCAUCGGUGGAUACUUUUCUCUUCCCGAAUUCAGACCUCGUGAAGGAUAUAGGAUUUUCAACACGUGGAUGGGAGAGCCAGCGAAAGUCAUCCUGUUGGAAAAAGUUGUUGAAAUCAUUAAACGUGACAAACUGAUUGAGAACGUCAGAGUUACUGGUGAUGUGUUGCUGAAUGGGCUCAAGGAUUUCGGAAAACGGUAUCCCAGUGUCGUGAAGAACGUAAGAGGUCGUGGAACUUUCUGCGCUUUUGAUUGCGUUUCCAUGGCACAGCGCGAUCAAUUGGUCGAACAGUUGAAGGUCGAAGGUAUUCAGUCUGGUGGAGCUGGUCCUGUUGCUGUUCGUUUGCGUCCGUCGCUGGUAUUUCAACCUCAUCAUGCAUCCAUUUUUCUCGACAAGCUGGAAAAGGCCCUGAAAAAUAUGGCCAAUUAAAUUUAAAGCUUUAUUGGAAAACAUGACUGUACUUUGUUUGGAGGAAACUUCAAUUUGUCUAAUUCACUUCCAAAUGUUGAAUAAUUCCAUCAAUACAAAAUAAACAAUUGUUGUCUUUAA